AAGGUUAGGGGUCACGCGACUGACAGCUUCUGCGUCUGGUUGGUUUGUUGGUGUCGGCACAUUUUUCACUCUACGGAAGGCAGUUUGUCACUUUGUUUUCGCUUUUUGAGGAAGUCUGUAUAAUAUCGACCCUUUACAAAAAUAGAAAUGUUAGUUUUUGAGACGAAACGGCACUGUUUGAUAUAAUAUUGAUAUUGGUUCUCCUGCAUGAGGUGAAAAAUUAGUGGUAUAGUAUUACUUUUCUGUGUGUUGGUGGAACCGCCCAGCAAGGAGACUCUGAGGCAGAAGUCUUUGCCGAAGGGAAGUGAGACUACCGAGAUUGUACUCCUUUGUUUCCAGGUAAUUGUGUGAAACAUAUUAUUUAUGUACUACCUCAUACAGUGGGAGAAUGGCAGAUGACAAAGAUGUUUUGCGAGAUGUGUGGUUUGGGAGAAUCCCCACCUGCUUUACUUUGUAUCAGGAAGAAGUAACAGAAAGAGAGGCUGACCCCUACUAUCUGCUCUUGCCUCGAGUGAGCUAUUUGACACUGGUUACUGACAAAGUGAAAAAGCACUUUCAGAAGGUGAUGAAGCCAGAAGAUAUUGGUGAAAUGUGGUUUGAAUAUGAAGGUACUCCUUUAAAAUGGCAUUACCCAAUUGGCUUACUCUUUGACCUCCAUGCCUCUCACACAGCACUUCCUUGGAGCAUUACUGUGCACUUUAAGGACUUUCCAGAAAAGGAUCUUCUGCACUGCCCUUCAAAUUCUGUUAUAGAAGCUCAUUUUAUGUCUAGCAUUAAAGAAGCUGAUGCCUUAAAGCACAAAGGACAAGUGAUCAAUGAGAUGCAAAAGAAGGACCACAAACAGCUGUGGAUGGGCCUACAGAAUGAUAAAUUUGAUCAGUUCUGGGCUAUAAAUCGAAAGUUAAUGGAAUAUCCUGCAGAAGAGGGAGGAUUUCGAUACAUUCCUUUCCGGAUUUAUCAGACUGUAAGUGAGCGACCUUUCAUUCAAAAGUUGUUUCGGCCAAUCACAGCAGAAGGUCAGCCCCAUGUACUCAUUGAUUUACUGAAGGAAGUCUCACCCUUUGCUGUUUCACAGGGUGGUGGUGAGAAGAAAUAUCAAGUGGUGAUUCAUGGAAUUGAGCCAAUGCUUGAAACGCCAGUGCAGUGGCUAAGCGAACAUCUCAGUUACCCUGACAACUUCCUUCACAUCAGUAUAAUACCUAUAUCCACAGACUGAAAUACUGGGUUCAUAUUUUAUUUCUGUCACUUAGGCAAUUUAUCCUAAAACAUCUAUAUAUAUAUAUAUAUAUAUAUAUAUAUAUAUAUAUAUAUAUAUAUAUAUAUAUAUACACACACAUACAUAAUCUGGUAACACUCUGGCUGGAAGACCUCACUGCUAUAAGCAAACAGGAAAUAUUGAUUCUUGCUAGAUAAAGCAAGAAUGCUGCCAAUGCUUUGGAUUAGUUCUGUGUUCCUCUUUUGUCAUCACUUCCUCAGCUACAACAUCAGACAUUUUCAUUCCAGUAUCUGCUUAAGUUUACUCAAGCAAAGCAAAAUGCUAUAUGUGAAGAACAACAGAAGUAAUGGAAGAAUUUCGGACUCCUAUUAGAAAAUAAACAAGGGUAUUUCCUAAAGUAAGUAUGAUGGAACUGUACUAGCACAGACCAUGGAAAGAAUAGCUUGCACUUUCCAGAGGUGUGUUUUUCGUGUUGUUAAUGAAUGACUCUCCUCUUAUUUAGCCUUUUUUAAUUACAUAAAAGGUACAUUCCAGUAUAUAUACAAAAAAUAACAAUGAAAGACCAUUAAGUGUUGUCUUUCUCAAAGCCCUGGUUUCGGAUUUUAGCCAGUAAACUGUUAACAUUAAGUCUUACUUGUUUUUUGAGUAACUCGGCUAUGAGAUGUUUUUAUUUUUGGGGGUGGAGCCAAGUUAUCAAUUUCAUCAUAUCACAUAUCAUUUAAACAACUCUGAAAGCCAAUGUACAUUUUUAAUGAGAAUUUACCUUGUGUGACUUAUAAAAAAUAGAACAUUUAGAAACAACUUCUUAUUUUCAAUUCUGUGUAUAUUAGGAAACCUACAUUAGCUGAGGGCAACAUCAGUUAGUUGAAUAAUGCUCCUCCUGAGAAACUUGUGCUGUUUGUGUGUCAUAGUUUUGUAUCAGAAUAAUUUGCCUCCUUGUUAAAUGCACUUUUCUUGUGUAAAAGACAUACUUCAAAUGUGCCUGUUAAAAAUUUAAGGUAUCAUUUGCAAAGUUCAUUUGUUUUUAUACAGUCCUUCUUAGUUAAGUCAUUAAUGAUAGUAAGAAACGGAUUCAAAUUUAAUUGAUCUUAUUCAUGCGAGAUAUAUUUAUGCUGUCUUGGAUUCAAUUUUCUCAUUUGAAUGAGUGACAUACAGAAGCUUAUUUCUAUCUAUUUUUGGGCACUUCAGUCCUCUUUGCAUUUUCAUUUUGUUAAAUUUAUUUAAAAAAUGAAUUAGCUUAAAAUACAUAAUAGUUUUAAACACGUAUGUUAUCCGUUAUAUUUCACACUUAUUCCCUAAAUGGCAUUUGUCAUAAAUCAUUGUUUCUUUCACUAGAAGUAAUUUUGAUAAUUGUUCUGAGUUACAUUUUCAGAAUAAUGUUGUUGUGCUUAGACCCUAAACAGAAUUCAUUGUAUAUCAUUGAUAAACAUAGCAAUCAGUUUUUUCAGAAAAUGUAGAUUACCAAAGGAAUUACAAGUCUGAUAUAUGAAGAUUUAGAGAUUAGCAAAAGUAUUUGAGUUUUGACAUUUUGUUUAUCAUGGGGUUGCACCAUAUUGAAGCAGGGAAUAACACAAUCAUCUUUGGUACAUAUGUAUUUUAAUUUUUGCCCAUGACUUUAGGUGGGAAAUAGCCAACACAAGCUGAGGACGUAAACCGCACAGAACACUGUCUGAUGGUUAUUAGAGAAUCAGCACUAGAAUUAUUAAAUGAGAUUUAUGGUAUAUGAACAUUUUUUUCCCAAAUUUGUCACCUGACUAAUUAAAAGUAUCUGUCAAAAGUUGCUUGGGGUAAUUGUAUAAAUUGAAAAAAAAGUGUAACUUAAUAAACAGAAGUAACUUUGCCAUUUAUGUCCGUGCUUGUAUUUCUGCCAUGUAUGCACAUUUUUACAUUACCUAUAGGAUUGAUAUGUCACACCACAUUAUUUGCAGAAUAAAAUGCUGCAUUUUAUUCAAGAACAGAGAUUAUAUUGUAUCUUAUUAAUCUACUCUGUAAAGAAAAAACCGCAAAUAUAAUUUUUUUAGAGGAAGUUGUGAAGUCAGCUUCCAUCCAUUAAUUUUCUACAAAUGUGGUUAUUUGUUCACUCAUUACAACUAUCUGCUGUCUGGUAAUAUAUUUUGCGAGUUAAAGAGAAGUUAUAUAUAAAACAAAUAUUGACCAGUAUUUAGUUCAUAAAAUGUGCUUGCAUAACCUUCUCACUGAUAUUAAAGUUUUAUACAUUGUGGUACUCCACCAUGGCAUUUUAAUUUGCAAUUAUUUAGCCUUGCCUUUAUAUGGGGAUCUUUUCAUUGAGGUUGACACACCUUUUCUUUCUAUAUUUAAUGCCAUCUUAAGUGUCUUAUCAGUGUCUUUGAUGUCACCUACUGUGAUGGCUUUUGACUAAACUUGGAGAAAGCAAUAAACAAAGGACAAAGUCUUUUGAAGUUUGUUGAAUUUUUUUAUCAUGGUGAUGUUAGGAUUUUUCAAUCCAUUCUUUCCAUAUAUUGAUUUUGUUUAUUCCAAGCAUAUUAUAGGGUACUAGCUUUUCCUAAAUGCUAAUACCAGUUUUUGCAUUGCAUGAAAAGAGUGAAUAGUGUUUAAAAUAUUCAGACUCACAAUCUAAUCUUUUGUUUCUUUUACUAGAUAUUUGUUUUGUUAUACUAAAUAUUUUACUGCAAGAGGCUACCAAUUAGAAUUAAAAAAAAAAGAAAAAUAUACUGCACAUAAAGUUUCAGGUUAGCAUGUGUAUUUUGCACUGUGCUGUUUGAUAUGUCAUGAAAUAUUUACAGAAAUGCCUUAAUUAUACAGACCUGUUAUUUGGGUAUGGACAGCAUUUACAGUUUCCUGCAUCUCUUAAGUCAUCUAGCAGCUGGCUUUAAACCUAAGAUUCCACAUGUGUUGUCUGGACUGCGAGCAGACUGUCUCUGCAAAAUGAGGUGAACUCCUUGGUCAGAUAAUAAGCCUCAUUAUGAUAGGACAUACUGGAAAAUUGUAGUGUUGUGUUACAGUCAGGCUGAAACCAUAUUCAUCUCCCUUUUUUUCACUUCCUGAGACUGGUCAUUUUGACUGGAGGGUGGUUUCCAAAAAAGAAAGGCGAAAGGAAGAAAAGUCUAGAUUACACAUCAAAGCAAGAGAAGUGCUCUCAAACCAGUUAAUUAAAUAAAGAUUCGUCACGGUAAAGUUUCAUUAUGUGCAUCUCAAUAAAUCUAUCACAUAAAAGUGUGCCUUUUGGCCUCACUGAAGCAGUGAUACAGCAUUUGAGAUAGAAUGUUGUAACUGUCCUUCAGGUCCACUGUUUUUGACAUCCAUUUUAACUAUUACUUUUACAAGUGCUUCGCAUGACAUUGGCUUAAAUAUGACUGUUAAGUUACAGUAUGUGAUGACCUGUUCUUUAUUAAAAUGAGUGAAUGUAAAAUAACCAAUGAGAACAAAUCAAGGUACAUUUGUUUAGUGCCGUUUUAAAUGGGGGGAAAAAUAUCUUUUUAUCUGUCAUAAUUUUAUAUAUGCUAUUAAGCAUGUCUUUUUGAAUAUACCUUUCUAGUCUGCAUCCUCAAGGAAGCAUCAGGUUGUAAACUUUGCUUACAUUGGGGGUGGCUUGUUCCAGUUAAGCCACCAAGUCUGUUUAGCUCUCAGUUUGAUGCAUGGAAUUUGUUUUUUUUUUUGUAUCCUUUUUUGUUAAAUAAUUUGACCAUGAUUUUUUCAUUUGGGAUUUUGUGAGGUUGUUUACAACAAUACUUUUUGACUGUAGGGGUUACAUAGUGACCUUUUGGGAUGCUUUAAUAUACAGUAGAAAAUAAGAGUAGACCUUUAGUUAUUAUGUGCCUGUAAUACCAAUUAAAGAUGUGCAAAAAGUAUGCUUUAUAUGAAUAUUGUGUUAACUAUGAAAUGCAUUGAAAUGUUUGUAAUAAACAAAGGAAAAGAUUUUUCUUA